GGGAAGAAAAGGGAAGAAGGACACGAACGGAAUUCCAUCCAUUACCCUCGGGCAACUUCCAAAAAAGAGGGACACUUGGGAAUGACUAACUAAAUACUACUUCUUCUGCCUUGUUUCUCGGCUUCUUCUUCUUUCUUUUUUUCCCUUUUUCUUAUAUAUCAUCAUAACCCCCCCCCGGCUUCUUCUCUUUUCCCCCUCCAAUUUUCAUCAUCACGCCAGCAACCGGUCAGUGAAAUCAUACUGAUACCAUCCGUUCCCCACUACCCGUCGAGCAAUACCAGCUAUCUGAUCAAAUCUUCCAAAUAUCACAAUGGGUGUCCUUGAGAAGCUUUCCCGCAAGUCUGGUGUCAUCGUCGGUGAUGACGUCCUCCGUCUCUUCGAGCACGCUCAGGAGAACAACUAUGCUAUCCCCGCCGUCAACGUAACCUCCUCUUCCACCGUUGUUGCUUCCCUCGAGGCUGCUCGCGACCAGAACUGCCCCAUCGUCCUCCAGCUUUCUCAGGGUGGUGCUGCCUACUUCGCUGGCAAGGGUGUCAGCAACGACGGCCAGAACGCCUCCAUUGCCGGUGGUAUCGCUGCUGCCCACUACAUCCGUAGUCUUGCUCCCGCCUACGGUAUCCCCGUUGUCCUUCACACCGACCACUGCGCCAAGAAGCUCCUCCCUUGGCUCGAUGGCCUCCUCGACGAGGAUGAGCGCUACUUCAAGCUCCACGGCGAGCCCCUCUUCUCCAGCCACAUGAUCGAUCUGUCUGAGGAGCCCGUCGACUACAACAUCAAGACCACCGCCGCCUACCUCAAGCGCGCUGCCCCCAUGAAGCAGUGGCUCGAGAUGGAAAUCGGUAUCACUGGUGGUGAGGAGGAUGGUGUUAACAACGAGGACGUUGACAACAACUCCCUGUACACCCAGCCCGAGGAUAUCCUCGCCAUUCACGAAGCUCUCGCCCCCAUCAGCCCUUACUUCUCUAUUGCCGCUGGUUUCGGUAAUGUCCACGGUGUCUACAAGCCCGGCAACGUUAAGCUCCACCCCGAGCUUCUCAAGAAGCACCAGGCUUACGUCAAGGAGAAGAUCAACUCCAGCAAGGACAAGCCUGUCUUCUUCGUCUUCCACGGUGGCUCUGGUUCCUCCAAGGAGGAGUACAAGGAGGCCAUCAGCUAUGGUGUCGUCAAGGUCAACGUCGACACUGACAUGCAGUUCGCCUACAUGUCCGGUAUCCGUGAUUACAUCCUGAAGAAGAAGGACUACCUCAUGACCGCUGUCGGCAACCCCGAGGGGGAGGACAAGCCCAACAAGAAGUCCUUCGACCCCCGCGUGUGGGUGCGUGAGGGUGAGAAGACCAUGAGCCAGCGUGUCAAGGUCGCCCUGGAGGACUUCAACACUGCUGGUCAGCUGUAAAUGUCUCUUGAUACGAUGUCUCUGCCGAUACGAAGAAAUCAGAUACCAGUACAUAAAUUGAUCAAUCCAAGAACGGAAACGAACCAAAGAAACAUUUUUUGACUGUAAAAGUGGAGGCCGCUUUUGGUGACUGAAAAUAUUGCAUGACUGGGGAAGCUGGAGUUGAAUGAUUGGUCAAUUACGAUGAAUGUAGAAGUAGUAUGAGGAUGAAUCCGCUAAUUAAUUGAUGAAUUCCAACCUAUA